GCAAAAAGAAGAGAGAAAUGUCAGUACAAAAGGAUGUGCUUGUAGGUGUGGGUUGCUUUGUGACAUACCGUGAUACGGAGAGUGGUAAAGUGCGUUUACUGAUUGGAGAGCGAAAGGGGUCGCAUGGAGCGAGGACGUUUGGACUUCCAGGAGGUCAUCUAGACAUGUUUGAAGAUUUCGAAAGUUGUGCUCAACGAGAAGUAGCUGAAGAAAGCAACCUGUCACUGCCUAAAAAGGACAUUCGAUUUAUCACGGCGAUUAAUAGCAUCAUGCGUGAAGAACAGCGUCAUUAUGUGACGAUUUUUAUGUGCUGUCAAAUCAAAGCGGAAGCGAUUCAAGAUGUGCGAGUGAUGGAACCUGAUAAAUUACAGGGAGAUUGGCAGUGGAUCACACGAGAAGAAUUGCCAAAGCUCCCAUUAUUUUCGCCUUUGCGGCAGUUUGUUGAGGAACAGGAUUUGAGCUUUUUAGACUAAAAACGGGGCAGUGUAACCGACCCCUCAUCCAGCACCCCACACACACACACACACACAGCUGUGUACAUAUAAAUAAUAAUAAUCAUAAUAAAAACAGAACAGAAAAAGCUUAUAGUGAAGUUG